CGAGAGAGUGAGAGAGAGAGUACUGGGAGAGUGAGUGGGAGUUUCUAAGUGGGAACAGAACAUUUACUGUUUCAUAUUACACAGAAAAAAGGAGAAAGAGGAGAAGAGUUAAUGGUGGGUAAGGGCUCUGGUGGGUCGUGUAGUCAGGCUCUGUUUUGAAUGUGGCUGCUUGUGUAAGUGCUGUGCAGUUGUCUGGGUUUAUGGAUUCGCUGACUGUGGAAAAUGUACUUCUCUAUAGUGGUCCUUGUCCUGACUAAGGCUCUGGUCACAGAGGUAUGUCACGCCCUGAAUGUGACAGUGACCCCUGGACCUGUUGUCAUGGUAACAGAGAAAGACAACUUGACCCUGUCCUGCCUGGUAUCUCAGAGGAAGAGGAGCAACAGCGUCCUCAUCCUUCGCUGGUUCUUCUCUCCUCUUGCGGCUCCUACUCUCGCGCCUCCUCCCCCCUCUCCAUCCCCCUCUCCAUCCCCCUCUCCUCCCCCUGCUCUCGAGCCCACUCAGUUCCUGAUUGUAAAGAUGGGCAUAAAGAAAAUUAAGAUUUACGGGAACUACACCCGUCGUUUCCCCCAGUCAAAGUUCCGUCUGCAUGAGGAAACGGAGGGAGAGCUGUACCGGCUGCGGAUAUUCAAUGUGACAGGGACGGAGCAGGGUUUCUACACCUGUAAGGUUCAGGAGAUCCGCAAACACAGAAACACAUGGAGAGCAUCGUCCAAUGGUACCAGCACCACACAGCUCACAGUGCACUUUACUCUUGAGGAUGGUAGCAGUGAAGGACUGUGGCGUUUAUUUGCAGAUGUGUAUCUGUGCGCUGUGCUGAUCUGCUCACUGGGCCUGUUGUCCAUCUUCCUGUUCACGCUGGUUCUCACUUGCCAGUACUUUCACAGAAGACACAGACUCAAAGCCAGUUACCUCUUGGUCAAAUGUCCAGAAAGCAGCUCAGGAGAAACUGUAACCAGCUCCAUCAGUUCCUCCAGUUCCUCCCCAAGAGCGCAGAGGAAAGACAUAAGACAGAAAACUAACAGAAGAGUCACAGUAACACCACCUAAACUACCUGAAGAGCCACCGCCGCACAUACCAGCCAAAGUGCCUGUUGCUGCAAAGAGACCUCAAAAGCCCAGAAGGUUAAAGACUCAGCCAAGAAGAUCUGCUGCCCCUCGAGUAUCUCAGGAGGACAGUCUGACAUACGCAGAGCUGGAGCUGGUCAGACCGAGGCCGGAGCCCCAAGCCUCCUCCAGCCCGGACCCCACACCCUCAAGCCCGGACACUGUGUACGCUCAGAUCCUCUUCCAGGAGAAACAGCUGUAAACAAAGCAGCUUGGUACCUCCGAAAGUGAGGGCAGAGAUUCAGCUCUCCGAACUGAACUGAGCGGCAUCAAAAAGGACUAUAUUUAUGAACUAUCACUAUGGCAUUUAGCAUUUGUUUUUUGGCUGUAAGUACGCUACAACUGUCGGCAAAUGAGGCUUUUGUGUUUCCUCUGUGCAGUCCCAUUCCAGCACAGCAAUUUUUGGGUCUUAUAAUUCUGUUGUUUAGUUUGUUGGCAUCGCUGGCCUGUGAGCCAGAUGUUUAUAAGAAUGCUCUUACUGGUAACUAUUCUGUAUAAACUCAGGAGACUGUGUGGAAAGAAACUGUUGUCCAGGCUCUCUUGCUGCAGUGUCAUAAGGCCACUCAGCCUUUAAAAAUGCAUUUAUAAUUACAGUACUAAUACACAAAAUGAAUAAAUAUAUGCCUGGGUCUGACA